AUGUCAAUUUUGCAUAUAUUAAAUAUUCGUGUUAGAACCAAAACACCUCCUGUACCAAAGGCUAUUACAGAUAUCCAGGCCCAUCAUGGUCACAAUAGAAACGAUUGCUUUUCAUGGAUGGAAAACAUUGAUAAUCCAGCAACAUUUGGCAUCAUAUAUCCAAGCGGAAAACAGGUCUUGUCUCAAAAUAGAUUUCUGCAGCGUAUAGUCCAGAGGGAAAUGAAACGUCGAUUACAAACACGCAGACAAUUACCACCUCUUACUACUGUAGCACACGGCUAUGAGUAUUUCUCUACCACAUCUGCGUACGGAAUGGUAUACUUGCGCAAACCACUUGGUAAAGGUAGAGAUCCUCCAGAGGAAGUCUUGUUGCACGCCGGUUUUCUGAAAGCAAUGAACAUGUCCAUCCGUAAAAUACUCAUGUCCCCAGAUCAUAGCAUAUUUGCUUACAACACCGAGCGAGAAGGAAUGGAAUACGGAGAAUUACACUUUAAAGAUCUUAAUUAUCGGCGAGACAUUGGACGAUGUAUUCAAUUUCGUGUGGGCCAACAACAAGACAGUCUACUACACAGUUACCAAUGCCCAACUGCGUCCACACAAAGAACAACACAAGAAGAAGAUGUAUUGGUGUUUGAAGAGCCUGAUGACUCUGUAUUUGUGGAUAUUACCAGCACAAAAGACAUGAAAUUCGUUACAAUCAAUAGCAAUUCUUUAUCGUCUUCUGAAGUUAGAGUCAUUGAUGCUACUCUGAAUGUAACCCAGCAAAACAAACCCUUGUUACGAUUGAUCAAGCCUAGAGUACCCCAACUGGAAUACUAUGUAGAUCAUCACGAUUCAACAUUUUAUAUCCUAACCAAUGCUCAAAAAGCCACCAAUUUCAAGCUUGUAAAGGCUCCUGAUGAAUCGGUUGAACAUUCAGAGUGGGAAGAUGUGAUUACCAUGAACCCAACUGAAAAGAUUGAAGAUGUUGACAUCUUUCAGCCAUUCCAGAACAAUAUUGUUAUCUAUGGCCGUAGAGAUGGUCUUCCGAUAAUCCUGUGCCAUGAUCUCAGCACAAAGUUAACCCACCAAGUUGAUCUUCCGGGGAGAUUCUGUGUUGUCAGUCCAGGAACAAAUCUGGAAUUUAAUACGGAUACAUUUAGAUUUUCAGUUUCAUCCCCAUUUGCUCACGAAUCGACUUACGAAUAUGAUGUUGAGAAAAGAAAGUUAAAUCCUGUUAGAGUUGCUUCUAUCCAAGGCAAGUACACUACGAGAUUUGACAAGUCAAAGUACACCUGUACUCAGAUUCAUGUAAAGUCACAUGAUAACCAGGAUAUUCCGGUAACAUUAAUCCACUCCAAAGAUUAUGAAAAGAAUUCAAAGAACCCAGUGUUGAUGCGUUCUUAUGGUGCUUAUGGUGUAUCUACAGACCCCGACUUUAAGAUCGAACAUUUACCACUACUUGAACGCGGCUGGGUAAUUGCACUUGCUCAUGUCCGUGGUGGAAGUGAACUUGGACGUCCUUGGUAUGAACAGGGUAAACUGAAACACAAGAUGAACAGUUUCCGUGACUUUAUCGCUGUUGCUGAACAUCUGGUCAAGACAAAGGUAACCAGCCCUGACCACCUGGCUGCUAUUGGUACAAGUGCUGGUGGACUUUUGGUAGGCUCUGUACUACAUAUGCGACCAGAUCUAUUUAGGGCCCUGGUACUCAGAGUACCUUUUGUGGACCCUUUGUCGGCCAUGUUAAAUCCUGACCUGCCUUUGACACAGGUCGAAUAUCCAGAGUGGGGAAAUCCCACAAAAGACAAAGAAGCAUAUGAGUGUAUUCAAGCCUACUCUCCGUACGAGAAUAUAAAGGCGCUUAGCAAUGCCACAUCAUUGCCAGCUGUGUUUGUCACUGGAGGGCUCAAAGACCAACGUGUUGCAUAUUGGCAGCCAUUGAAAUUUGUGGCCGGACUGCGCCAUUCACUCAAAGAAUCCAAAGACGUGCUGUUAAAGAUGGAUCUUGACAGAGGCCACUUUGGGGGUGGAUCUGAACAAGACGCACGAUUGUCCGAAGCUGCUGAGCAGGUUGCAUUUUUGAUAUCGCACGUUCAAAAAUAA